CAGAAAUUCAGCGAAGAAGAAAGUAUAUUGAAGAAGGCCGUGAGUUUAAAAUCAUGGUGGGUCAAUGGACGCUUACGAAACCAAGCCGGAGCGAUGAAGUAUUAGAUCCAGAUCAACAGCUCAAACUUGCCAAUCAAGUCAGAGCGCAGUUCGAAUCAUUGGCUCCAAAACGACCUACCAAACCCAGUAGAAGUGAAUCCGAUUCUGCCCCUUCAAAGACUUCCGCGGAUCUUUCCAGCUUGGAUCACGCAAUUCCUGAACUCGACAAGCUUCUAUCUCUUCAGAAUCAAUCUCUGGUUGUGUUUGCGGUUGAGGGAUAUGAUUCAGUGCAAGAUGAGUUUGUGGAAACGCGGUACUACCAAGAACUAAAAUCUAUUGACCAGCAGCAUCACACGAUCGGAACUGGGUUUAUAAGGAUGGUGGGAGAUGAAGAUAAAAAUCGAUUUGCCAUUCAAUUCCGAGAAGUAAAUACUAGGGUGGUUGCCACGGGUAGCAAUCCUGCAACAAACGACUGGAUUCCCAGCGUUGAAGAUGAUCAGGGUUUCGUCUCCUCCAAGCCAAAUAGGAGCGAGGGUUGUUGAAUGUGCAUUGUCAAACAUGAGAGGAGGGGAGAGGGGUCUAGAUUGGCUUUCAUAAACUUUUCGUUCUUAUGUUAUUUUGUAUUUGAAAGAGACACCGCACCAAGAAAAGAUUGGAUAAGGAUGUUGGACUUUGAUGCAACUAUCUAAUAAGAAAAAUUCAGCCACGCCAACUA